AUAUAUUCACCGGCGAACACAGAAAACCGCCCGGCUCGGCGGAGUCUGCGCUUGGUAUCGACCCUCUCAACCUCCAACCGUCACAGCUGAGCGGGCUGAGGAGGCAGACAGACACCUUCUAUCCGUCUGCAUGUGUGGCUACAGCGCCAGUUUCCCCUCAAGUCAGCAUUAGUUUGUAUUCCUCUUUGUAUCCGCCCUUGAGCGGUUAACGGGUCAACAGUAGCCAUUUUUAAAUGUGUGUCGUCAUCAGCUGAAAGAGUUUCUGUGUGUUUCUGACUUGUUGUGUCGUCGCCCUGUGAACCCUCCGCCGAGGGGGGCGGGCGGUCGGUCGUGUGUCGGUUCCCUCCACACUUCCACGUGUGUGGAAACGACCAGCAGAGGAGAGGAGUCGUGUCCCCGACCUGGAACCAAAGUCCUCUCAUCAUGGCACUGGCUGGAGUGAGGGUUAUCGAGCUGGCGGGCCUGGCUCCGGCACCGUUCUGUGGCAUGAUCCUGGCCGACUUUGGCGCCAAGGUGAUCCGCGUGGACCGGACCAAGGUCGGCAUGGCUAUGGACACACAGGCACGGGGGAAACUAUCUGUGGCCAUCAACUUGAAGACCACGAAGGGUGUGGCCUUGCUCAGGAAGCUCUGUCUCCAGUCCGACGUGGUCCUUGAGCCCUAUCGAAAAGGUGUGAUGGAGAAGCUGGGCCUCGGUCCACAGGAGCUGCUGAAGGAAAACCCUCGUCUGAUCUACGCUCGUCUGACGGGGUAUGGACAGAGUGGACCGUAUUCUUCUGCGGCCGGGCACGACAUCAACUACCUCGCAAUGUCAGGCCUUUUAUCCCGGCUGGGGCGUAGUGGAGAGAGGCCCCACGCUCCGCUGAAUCUGUUAGCAGACUUUGCAGGCGGCGGCCUUACCUGCGCCCUGGGGAUAGUCCUGGCACUGCUGGAGAGGACAAAGUCGGGGAAAGGACAGAUCAUCGAUGCCAGCAUGGUGGAAGGAGCUGCAUAUCUGGGUUCAUUUGUAUGGAAAUCUCGAAGUGUUGGUAUUUGGGAACGUUCUAGAGGAGAGAACAUGUUGGACGGUGGAGCGCCCUUCUACGAAACCUACCAGACUUCAGAUGGAAAGUACAUGGCUGUCGGUGCCAUGGAACCGCAGUUCUACAUACAGCUACUCAAGGGUUUAGAGUUGGACGCUGGGGAAUUGCCUCCACAGAUGAGCAUCAGCGAUUGGCCAGAGCUGAGCCGAAUAUUCACGGAUCGUUUCGCCUCAAAGACCCAGGCAGAUUGGUCGACGAUUUUCGAUGGGACUGAUGCCUGUGUUACACCUGUGUUGUCUUUUGACCAGGUGAGCUCACACCCACAUAACCAGGAGAGAGCGUCGUUCAUGAAGAACUCCGGAGGAGAAGAAAGCCCCCGCCCGGCCCCUGUUCUCUCCCGGACGCCUGCAGAGCCCUGCCUCGCCUCCGACCCCGCCAUUGGAGAACACACGGUCGAGGUCUUGGAGGAGUACGGCUUUGCGUCGGCAGAGAUAAAGCAGUUGCUAGCAGCAGGGGUCGUAGAGCGUAAUGCUGCAAAGGCAAAGUUGUAGAUGAGCGCGAGUCAGAAGUUUUAAAAAUCCACACUGGAACCUUAAAUCUUUUAAGUGUUAAGUUUUAGGGCAGGCAAUGUAGAUGAGAUGGACCUGAAGGAGAAUUCUGGGCUGUGGACAUGAUGCAUAUAAAUAAUUGAUUUGAAUUAGUCAGUUGGUCAUUCUUGUCCAUUUGUGUAGCUGCCUCCUCUUCUUUAGUGCUGCUGCCGUCCUCUGAAUGAAGCACUAAAAAGAAAAGAUAAUUAAAACACAAAAUUCAUGCUCAUAUGGUCUCGACUGGUUUUACCGUCAUACUGUUAUCAUGAUGCAUUGUGGACUAAGAUGCAUUUUUUGUGCCACAAAAAGUAAUGCGGAACCAUGUUUGUGGCUGCACUUGAACAUUAAAACAUUUAACCUUC